AUGUCUGCUGUUAAUGCUCCAGAGUCGAAGGUCCAGAAAGCGACGCAGGGCGCCCAGCCGACAGCGGCGGCAACGCCUGCCAAGAGGCCUGCCGACGAUAUCACAUUGUUGGAGAAAGAGGACGCCGACGCCAAAUCUUCCACCAAAGAUAAGAAGCCCGCCCGCACCUUCGAGGCAGCUGUGAAAAAAGCGCUGCAGGACAACUUCGUGAAGAAAGGAUGGGACCUCAAGGAUCUUGACCUCAUCGAGCGCGAUGGAGAGACGAUCCGCCAGAGGGCGAAAGCAACUCAACAUGAGACCGGGGAGCCGAUUGGGAAGUAUUUCUAUGAGGAUCUCCGGAACGAGUUCAAAGAGGACACCGAGGAGAAAAAAAUGAUGACCGUGGACGACCCAUCUCAGCCACAGGACGCCCUGAUUUAUGAGGCAUUGGACCGCCUAUACAGCGCUCGCAUGGACACGUCAGGGUUCGAGGCAAUCUUCGAGCAGCGCCAUGUGCCACCCAACCAGAAGAAUGCGAAGGCGAUGUUUUCCGCGUUCUUGGACGUGCCGGUCUCCACCGAGAAGGGGUCCGACUUCCUCAUUGCAGCGACGGCGUACAUCAACGACACAAGGCUUCACAUCACCUACGCGAAGCUGUGGAAUGUGGUGAAGGAGCACAUGGACAAGGCGUUGGAGAAAAACUUCGCGUUGAUGAAGAAUUCGGGGCUUUCCCAGGGUCUCUGGUUGGAGACGCAUGCCCCCUACUUGCCCAUCGUGGCGGACGCCCUGGCGAUCGAGAAGUGCAUCCAUAACAAGACGAGCUGGUCGGAUGUGCAGGAUGAGUUGGAGCGCGCGUGCCAGUCUCACUGUGGCAAUCGCAUCUUCUCCAAGAAGCUCGCUGGACUCUGCGGCGUUGCCAUUCGCAGGGAGAUCAGGGCCGCCAUCGAGGAGCUCGAGAAGGAGAAGAUCAUCCAGCAGGCAAUCGACAAGACGAUCAAGCGGAUCAAGGACUACGCGACUGCGCGUGGCAAGGACAUCAACGAGACCGCGAGCACGACCGAGAAUGUCGUUUACAAGUACCGGUACCUGGAGGCCACCACGAAGGUCUAUUCCUUGUACGACGAAGCCAUGUCGAUCAUCAUGGGCAUCGCGACAACCAGGGGCGUGCGGCUGGGGCUCAUCAAGCCCCUGCGGUGCGAGGCCGAGAUUGCGCCCGUGGGCGACGAGGUCGAGAACAAGGGCGUCGAUGCGGGUUUGCUGAAGGCCGCUGGGACUGCCCGCAAGGCGGCGCUGGAGUUCUGCAAGGGGGGAUUUGGUGCUGACAUCAAGGCCAUGCUCGUGAAGAAGCACAAACAGUUGUCCAAGCUGUACAAGUACUGGCACGUCGACCGGGACUUCUGGAUGAGCGUCGUGGGCGAGGCGGGGAAGAAACGCGUGGAGGACACGGUCGUCGCUGCGUGUCCGAGUGUUCAGCGCGAUAUCAAGGCCAAAGAGGUGGUGGCGGCCUUGGAGAACUUCGAGAAGACCAAGCUCUACGAGUUCGCCGGUACCGGGUCCCACACUUUCGUGACUGAGGUGCUGAAGGUGGCCCGUGCGCUGGCUGGCGGCAGGGCCCCGGUAUGGCCAAAUUCGAAUGCGGAGGGCAUGGCCAGGGUCAAGGAGGCCAUGGGCGCACUAUGUCGGUUCGCAGCUGCUUCUGGGGCCGCCGACGCGGAGCGUGUCUUGGUGGGCAAGGAAGCGAUGAAUAAGCUCAUCGAGGCGGCCACUGCGAAGAAGGAGUCUGGCACGGCGCUCGACUACGACGACUUGGGGCCACUCCGUAAGUACACGUGGCUGCUCGACAGUGCCCAGAAGACGAUCGCGGAUAAGUGGCUGUCCGAGGUCGUUGGCGUUGCCGCUCCAGCCGCGCCCGCGGCGAAGCAGAAGGGCUCCUCCGCGAAGAAGGCGGCCUUGGAGAAGGAGAAGCAGGGCAGCAAGAAGAGGAAGUUGGACGCUCUCUUCAAGUGA